UAAUUAUUUCCUAACAGAUGUGAACACAUUAUGUAAGAGGUUGUUUAAGGAAUCUAUUGCCAAUUUUUGGACAUAUCAAAUAUUGUUUGCAUUAAGUUAUUCGAUACUUGGACGAUUGGCAAACGUUUCUAGUGGGAUUCAUAUAAAUUAUCAUGGAAUUAUACAGACAGGUUGCACAGAUUUCAGUUUUUGUUUCCACAAUACUUUAUGCAAGUGCUUGGCAGUGCGAGACGUUGACUUGUAUUGUAUAUCCACUGUCACUCAAACUCUGGAAGAAUCAUAUUGAAGUAUCCUCACGGUCAUUAAAGGUCAAGGCCGGGUCUUCCUUUAGUAUAACAUGUGACGGAUCCUGUGUUGGAAGUCGAGCAGAUCCUCAUCUCAGGUGGUAUGGCCCCGAUAAACAUUGGAUUGCUUAUGAAGGCGCCGCAAACAGGGUGCACGUGGAACAGUCGUUUUCAAGUCGAUUCCUAAAGCUACAUAUACAAAAAGCGAACGUUGGUGACCAAGGUCUAUAUGUCUGCCGCGGCUGGCUCGGUCAGAAACGUGGAUGGGAUAUUAAAUCAAUACGGCUUAUUGUAGAGCCACCAAGUACAACUCCAGUUGCUACACCAUCGGAAAUAGUGCGGACGACCACAGUGCGUCCAACGACAGUAAAACCGUCUGAAGUUGUUACAAGUUCGACAUUAUUUACAACACGAACAUCAAGGGGAACACCUAGAAUAACAACGAGAACAACAAGAACAGCAACAGCAUCAGCAACAAACACAACAGAAGCAAUAAAUGAAACAACAACAGAAGAACCAUGCCUGCCUCCGAACUUUAUGUGUGGAAGUGGUGAAUGUUUCGAAGGAAGUCUCGUUUGUGACUCAUUUCCGGAUUGUAAAGACUUCAGUGAUGAGAGCAACUGCGCGUCUCUAACAUGCACUGAAGAUAUGCAAGGAUGCACGGAUGGCUAUGGAUGCGUCCAACAGUCUCAGGUUUGCGACGGAAUUGCACAGUGUAGGGACAAAUCCGACGAAAACCCAGAUGUUUGCAAUUAUUUACAUUUAUAGAAUCAGACCAGAAUCUGACUAUUUGUGGUUUCUGUAGAUAUCUUUUAAACAAAAUAGAUGUUUUCCAAUCUGUCAGGAUUCUACUGGCAGUAUGACGUGACACACGCACUUGCAAAUUUUUGAACAAGCAAGUGCAAGCUGGUGUCAAAUGAGCUGCACCAUGAGAAAACCAACACAGUGGGUUUGCGACCAGCAUGGAUCCAGGCCAGCCUGCGCAUCCGCGCAGUCUGGUCAGGAUCCAUGUUGUUCACUAACAGUUUCUCCAAUUCCAAUAGGCUUUAAAAGCGAACAGCAUGGAUCUUGACCAGAUGCGCAGGCUGGUCUGGAUCCAUGCUGGUCGCAAAACCACUAUGAUGGUUUUCUCAUGGCACGGCUCAAAAUUACAAACUCACAAUUCGGAUAUAACAUAAGAGAUGUAAUCUUUGAACACAACAAUAUUUAUUGUGCAGUAUAAGUAAUUUUUUUACAUUGUUUACUAUUUUCUAUGGUUAUUUGUCAUGUAAAGUGCUAUUAAUCUAAGAAAAUAUGACGUCUGGUAUGCAGAGGUUUUGCUUAUUGUAGUAUUGAAUCAAUGACAUUGAAGUAUUAUUGUCAAUAUGUAAGUAGAUUGUAGACAAUGUAGUGACAAAACCAUUUGAAUACUUGGUUAUUUCGCGAAGAAA